UCGACAGCUCGUGUGCGCGCGUGUUAUGUGGGCGGUACACUUUGAUCGUUGUUUGUUUAAGUUUCACUUACAACUGUAGAUUCGCUAGCUGGAAAAGUAGCGUCAGUACUGAAACCGUGGCGUUUUGAACUUUGUUGUCGGUUGACUUCGUCUACGGAAGGUGCAGUGCUUGUUAGCUGCAUGAGGGCUUCCGAGAACCCGCCCUUCGCUGCAGCCACUUCAUCUCUCGAGAGGAAGUUGCAGACGCUUGUCCUUCACGGCUGGUGGUGCCCAGACAACAGCGAUGAGCAAGGGGGCAAAGCCUUGGCUACUCCAAGGUCCAACGUCCAGACCCUCCGUGAGCUGUUCAGUGACAAGGAUGCCAGGUGCAUGCCGCAUGUUGCCAGUCUCAAGAAGCGAGAAGGCCCAACUGAGGUGCGGAUACCUCGUCCCAGCCUCACACCAAAGCCAUCUAACAACCGCAAGUUGUCUCUUGGCUCUGCCAAGGAGUCAUCUGCUGAGCCCUCCAGCCCUGCUGGCCAGAGUAGCUUGUCAGGAAGCCUGCCUCGGGUGGGUGGGGUGUCCACCAGGAGAGCCUCCUUUGAGCAUGGCAGAGUGGCCAUAGUGCAGCAAACGGAGCUGCUGCCUCCGUCACCAGAGGUUGUUACAGCAAAAGUCUCAUCCAGUAGAUUGAGCUGUGAGGACUUCCCCUUGCCCCAGGCAUUGCAUAUGGUUGCGGGGGACAGGAGCCCUGCCUCUGAGAAGCUGUGCUGUGAUGCUUCAUCUCUGUCUGAAGAAGAGGACUAUGUGACACCCAUUUCCUUAUCAUCGAAGCCGCUAGAAGCUGGUUGCCAAGGGAGUGUUGUACCAUCACGACUGAGGAGUGAGGAAGCGCAGCCGCGCCCCCCAAAGUCUCCUGAGGGUUCUUCACCCAAGGUGAAACCCAAGCUUCCUGAGCCACCACUGUAUGUGCCACCACAGCUGGUGCGCCAUCCUGUGGCACCUGGGUGGCAGCGGCGUGAGCUGCCUGUGGCAGCUACUGCCUGUCCUCCAAAGCCAGCCAGGCCCUCUGGAAUGUGCCUGCUGACCUACUCUAGUCUACACAAUGUUGCACCCAUUGCAGCCCAGCCAGACAGACCUUCAUUGGCCAACCGAAGCACUUUCCCUGUGCCCCCAUCGCGAGCCCCACCACCCCGUCCCUUGGUGCCCAAACCACCACGGCUACUGCCAUCACUGCCCACUACACCAGCGGACGAUACAUGCUCAGAGCCCAGGCAGCCAACAUCUCCCAUCCCUGAAUACACGGAGGAUGAAGAGUUGGGCAACAUGGCAGCUGAUGAGGAGCUGUAUGCAGACACUGAAAUGGAUGAGACACCACCCUCACUGCCACCAGCACGCACUCCUUCUGCACCACCUCGACCACCAGACGAUGAGCUCUACCAAGAUACCUUGGAAGAGCUCUAUGAAGAGAUGCCAACAGACGAGACUGCAUCUGCCUUGCCACCUCCGAUAAAGGUGCUGGACAACCUGCCCAGGCAAGACAAGCGUGACAGUGUGUGCAAGGCAUUUGGGCUUCCUAGUGGCUGGGAGCAGCUGCUGCCUCUGGAUGUUGGUCGUGCACGGGCUAGCAGCAGUGGCAGCACAAAAAACCUUGACCUACCAUUGCACCAUGGCGAGCCUGUGUAUGUUCUUCGAUUUGAGAACAAUCCCCCGGGCAAGUGGCUUGUGCGGAACCAUAAGGGAGAAGUGGGCUAUGCUGACCUGACGAACAUAGAGGUAGAUGCUGAAUCCAUCAAAUUUAUUAUGACAUCGCACAGAAGCCCAUGCGCAAGCUUGAGGAAGCAACAAGCAAGUGCUGUGCAGAGUGAAGAUGAAGAAGCCAUCUAUGAAGAGACCUUUUAGGCCAUGGACCCCACAUCAGCAACUGUCUCACAGAAAGAUAGAUAUUGGCUCGGUAUGUGCCUUGUGUCAAAAUAUCAAAGUAUUUUACCUA